AUGAAAAAAGUUCUGAAUUACUCACUAUCCACAUUAGCCGCAAUCUUCAUAACUUCUAACGCUUGCAUACUUCCAAUCGUCCCAACAAUUGGUCCGAGAACUCCUCCUUCAUUGCAAUUUAUGUUGCCUCAAUUGAGCCGUCUUCAAACGUCGGCCAACAUUCGGUCGCUGGGUUUUAGACGGUUCGCUUCAUCUCAUUCACACUCAGAUGCCAAAGUUGAAAGAAAACCCGAUAACUACCGACCAGGUACUGAUUCCUAUGCCUACGAUAAUCCAUGGCCAAAGUUGAAUGGUGGUCGUUUGGACUGGUUGUUCGGAGACGGAUGGAGAAGACCACUCGCCAAGGACCAAGGAGCCAAAAUGAGAAGAGAAUGGAUUUGGUUCUCGCAAAUCGCACAUGAUGAACACAAAGAUUGGGCUCGUUUCCAUCAAGCUGCUUUCCUUCUUUUCACUGUUCUCACCACGUGGUUCACUUGCUGGAUUAUGUUCGCUCGACCAGAUUGGCCAAUGGGAAGAGAAUGGGCCCUAAGAGAGGCUCAUUUGGAGAUCGCCAGACGAGAGAAGGCCGGACUCCCACUCAUCAGCCCUGACCUUAUCCCAAGAGACCGCGUCACCGCCACUCUCCCAUCCGACGAAGAGCUCCGUGACUUCGACGUGCUCAUCUAA